GGUGCGCAGGUAGCGGUUAAGAAGCUGUUCGCGGUGCAGAACAUGGACGACAAGGAGUACCAAUCGCUGAUGCACGAGGUGACGCUGCUGGGCAGUCUUAGCCACCCCAACAUCAUGCGCUUCCUGGCGAUGUGCUUGGACCCGCCGUGCAUCGUGAUGCAGUACUACCCUCACGGCAGCCUCUUUGACCUGCUGCACAAGGCCCACAAGGGCAACCCCAAGGCAGCCAAGGAACUCACCUGGAGCAAGCGGCUGGACAUGCUGCGGGAUGUGGCAUCGGGUAUGCAGUAUCUGCACAGCCGCAAGCCGCCCGUCAUACACGGCGACCUGAGGUCGCCCAACCUGCUGCUGGACCUCACCAUCGACCGGGAGCGACCUCGUUUCCAUGUCAAGAUUGCGGACUUUGGUCUGGCCCGGCUGGCCACUGGCGCCACGGGCAGUGUGAUGGUGUCCAAGAUGACCAAUCCGCGGUGGCUGGCGCCGGAGGUGCGGGGGGGGGGAAUGGGCCGCCGGGGCCGGGUGUACAGCUUCUCCAUCAUCAUGUGGGAGAUGCUGACGUGGCGGCAGCCAUACCAGGACAUGAUGAGCGUGCAGGUGAUGUUCUCAACCGUCACAGAGAACUCCAGGCCUGAGGUGCCGCCCGAC